AUGAGAGGACUCUUCCAGCUGCCCGGGCCUUUGCGCCGUGAGCUUUGGGCUCAUCCAGCAAAAGUCUUCAAAAGGCAAUAUGCCUUCAAAGGCCGGCCUGAGCAUAUAGGAAAGCCAAAAGACGACACCAAAGACACCCUGCUACCUACAACACCAGCUCGGACGCGAUUUGCUCCUUCACCAACGGGAUAUUUGCAUCUAGGCUCUCUCAGGACGGCCUUGUACAAUUACCUUUUGGCAAAAGCCACUGGGGGUCAGUUUCUUCUCAGGCUUGAAGACACAGAUCAGUCACGACUCGUUCGGGAUGCUGAACCGAGGCUAUACGAAGACCUCAAAUGGGCUGGGCUGAAUUGGGAUGAAGGUCCAGAUGUCGGGGGUGCAUUCGGUUCAUAUAAACAGUCCGAGAGACUGCAUAUUUACCACCAGCAUGCGAAUGAUCUCCUCUCCUCGGGGCAAGCAUACCGCUGCUUCUGUACACCCGGGGAACUCGAUGCAUUGAGACAGUACAACAUGGAAAACUCUCCUGAAAGUAGUGGACAUGGUAACUAUAACGGAAAAUGCAACCAUGUCUCGGCAUCAGAGUCUGAUCGCCGCGCUGCCAACGGCGAACCAUAUUGCAUCCGGUUCAAGAGCACCGGCAAACCCGAGGUGCGAGACCUCGUGUAUGGUCGUUACAGCAGACCAGAAAAGGAAGACGACUUCAUCAUUAUCAAGCGGGACGGGUUUCCUACAUACCACUUUGCAAACGUCGUUGAUGACCACGCCAUGGGCGUCACGCAUGUAGUCAGAGGCGCUGAAUGGUUAGUCUCCACACCAAGACACGCCAUGCUGUAUGAUGCGUUCAAGUGGACUGCACCAACAUUUGCUCACGUUGGUCUGCUGUGCAACAGCGCCGGCCAGAAGCUGAGUAAAAGAUCUGGAGAUAUCGAUAUCUCUUCAUACCGCAACAAAGGGAUCCUCCCCAUUGCCCUUCUAAACUAUGCCGUUCUUCUUGGAUGGAGUCCAGGCAGAGGUGAGAAGGGAACAAGCGAGAUCAUGGACCUCGAAGAGAUGGUGAAAAAGUUCCACCUCCGCUUCACAAAAGGCAACAUCAAGAUUUCGAACAAGCUCCCCUUCAUACAGUCAAAGCACAUGUCUCGCCACCUUGCCUCCCUCACAGAACCCGGAUUUGAAAGUCUCUAUCUUCCAUCGAUGAAGGAGACUGUUAGCAACCUCAACUCGAAGAGGGAUGCGAGUUCCGGACCCUUGGUCCCAGGCCUACGUACGAGCUCUGAGAAACCUGCUGGAACGCUGGAAACGGAGGUCGCGCCUCUUGACCUCGCUUCUCCCAAAGCACAUGCUUACCUGUUGGCUUUCUUCACACUCGACAAGAAGGCGUUUGAUGGAGAUAUUCCCAAAUUUGUUGUUCGAAAUGAGUAUUUGAUUUGGCAACCAGAGUCAGAUCUUCUCACGACCACCCUAUCCGCCUCUCUGUCACCUUUUGCAUCGCUGCACCUGCUCAAUGGAGACGUCGUGAAGGACAUGAAAUCCGAGGGCAGCAAGACGCUCUCCUCGGAAACCAUCGCCGCGCCAACAGCACUCGUCGACAUGUUCGAGGCAGUCUUGGAAAGGGAGAUACCCGAAGAGGCCUGGGCUUCGUCCUCGAGCUUCGCUUUAGAAGACAAGAUCAAUGGACUUUGCCAGCGAAUCUUCGCUCUGCCCCUUCCUGGCGCUGACGGCGCCGUGACACCCGCACCCAAGUUGUGGGGCUAUCACUUCUUACGUUGGAUGCUGUUUGCGGGCAAGCCUGGGCCCGCGAUGGUCCCGAGCAUGUUGCUGCUUGGCCGAGAUGAGGUGUUGCGUCGUAUAAAGGUUGCUGGAGAGAUUGCAAGGCAGCUGCCGACAACCCAGUAA